AGAAGGCAGUAGUGACUCACUAGUGACAUCAGUGGCGGUUUACACUUUCGCGAAGAAGAUGUAUUUUUGUCCAGGCAUUUCUGCGGUCAGCUGUGUGAGGUCCUUGUGGAGGUGACAUUCAGUGAGCUAGCACUUAGCACGGAGCAGCGGAUCAUCAUGGCUCAGGCUGUGCAGAAAUUGGUCUCUAAAGUCCCCACUCUGAUCGGCGCCGCUGUCACCUACUCCAAGCCCCGGCUAGCCACCUUCUGGUACUACGCCCGCGUUGAACUGGUCCCUCCUUCACCCGCCGAGAUCCCAAAAGCCAUCGAGGGGGCAGCAAACCUCAUCAAGGGUUUCCAGUCAGGACGUCUGGGUCAAACCACCGUGAGGGAUGCCGUGAGGAACGGACUGGUGGCCACUGAGGUGCUCAUGUGGUUCUACAUCGGAGAGUGCAUCGGCAAAGGCGGCCUGGUCGGCUACGAUGUCUGAUUUCCGGACUGUUGCGCCCUUUUUUUGUUGUUCUUCUUUUGAGCAUUGUGUGCUCAACUUCCUGUAAGAUUCCUGGGAACCAAUAAACAGAUGUCUAUUGUU